AUGGAUGAUCGUGAAAAUGGAAGGCACAAAGCAGAUCAAUAUAAAUCUGCUCAGGGACAGUGGUUGAUGCAACAACAUCAGCACCAGCAUCCUUCCAUGAAGCAGAUUAUGGCAAUCAUGGCUGAACGAGAUGCUGCUAUUCAAGAAAGAAAUCUGGCCCUUUCCGAGAAAAAAGCAGCACUUGCAGAACGUGACAUAGCAUUCCUACAGCGGGAUAAUGCAAUUGCGGAACGAAAUAACGCACUUAUGGAAAGAGACAAUGCAAUAGCAACCCUUCAGUUUCGAGAAAACACUUUGGCUAAUGGCGGUAUGUCAUCAUGCCCUCCAGGAUGUCAAAUUUCACGGGGAGUUAAGCAUAUACAUCAUCUUCCGCAACAGGUAAACCAAUUGCCUACUAUGGGGGAUUCUUCUUACGGCACGCGAGAAUUGCCCACAACCAAUGCCCUCCCAGAAUCACCUAUUCCUUCAGAGGUUGGGAAACCACCUAGGCGGGCCAAACGACCAAAGGAAAGUAAGUCUGUUUCACCCAACAAGAAGACUCCAAAAACUAAUAGAAAGGUUAAGAAGGAGGGUGAAGAUUUAAACAAGACAAUGUUUGCCAAUGACAAAGCACUUGAAUGGAAGAGUAGUCAGGAAAUUAUAAAUGAAAGUGAUGAACUUAACAAGCAGUUAGUGGUCUCAAAGGCUGAUUGGAAACCCCAAGACUUGGCACUGAAUCAAGUUGCAUACGAUGAUUCAACCAUGCCAGCACCAGCGUGCUCUUGUACCGGUGUUCUGAGACAGUGCUACAAAUGGGGUAAUGGAGGUUGGCAAUCUGCUUGUUGUACAACCACUUUAUCGGUGUAUCCACUUCCAGCAGUGCCCAACAAAAGGCAUGCACGAGUAGGUGGUAGGAAAAUGAGUGGAAGUGCUUUUAAUAAACUGCUUAGCCGGCUCGCAGCUGAAGGACAUGAUCUCUCACACCCAGUUGACCUUAAAGACCAUUGGGCCAAACACGGUACAAAUCGAUAUAUCACAAUAAAGUAG